AUGUCAAAGGGGCCUGGAGAUUUGGGGCUUCAUCUGCAGCUGCGAGCUCUGCGUCCCAAUGCCGCUUCUCAGAUCCAAACAUUGCUCAGUAACAUUGAGAAGACGUACCCCAAAUGCGACGCUGAGCCGAUUCUCCUCGAGCUCUUGGACCCUUACCUAGCGCUCGGCCAGGAACUCCGGUUCAAGAACAAGCCAACCGAAGCUAUCAAGGCCUACGUUAAAGGGCUGAAGGGAGUGAGAUACAAAAUCGUCGCUAAUCCUCCUCUGGAUGAAAAGGGUAAACUUCAGUUCGAGGUCACAAGGUGGGGUAUGCCAGACCGCCUUGUGUUCAUGACGUUAUUGCGCAUACACGAUGCCUACCUUAAACUGGCUCCCGAACUAUGCCCUGCCGUCAGGGGCUAUGCGGAAACGGCUUACACGAUAAUUGCAGGGGAGAGCGACACGUUUAACACCGUCACGGAGUUGCUAAAGGGUCGCUAA